AUGGCUAAAAUAACCAUUCUACUUCUCAUAAGUUUGUUAAAUUUUACUAAAUCUAAAUUAACGGGUAAAAUAGUUGGAGGAGAGUUCUCAAGGAUAGUAGAUUUUCCCCAUUCUGUUUUUGUUGUCAUCAAUUGUGACUACAGGGUCUCGACAUGUGGGGCUUCCAUACUAAACCAAGCAAUACUUUUGACUGCUGCACACUGUCUUAUCAAAUGCACGGAUAAAUUUUAUAUAACAGCUUACGUUGGCUCUGAACGAAAACAUCAAGGUAUCGAAAGAAAUGUCGUCAGUUUUAAGGUUCAUGACAAGUAUGAUCCUCAAACGAAGGCCCAAGAUAUUGCUCUGAUGAGGUUGGGUAAAAACUUGCAGUUUGGUAAAAGGGUGAAGAGAAUCAUCAUAAUGAAGAGUCCACCAAAGUACUUUACUGCUGAGAUCGCGGGGUGGGGAUGGAUUGAUUCCGUUGGCACAAAGAGUGAAGUGUUGAAACACGCAAAACAGAGGGUCUACAGCAGAAGCCAAUGCUUCGAAAUCGUGAGAUUUAUACCCGUUGGUACUAUUUGUGCGAGCGACAUCAAAGGAUAUCCUGAAAAAGGAGACUCAGGAAGCGCCCUCAUUAUCCAAGGCUCCAUCCAAAUCGGAAUAGUAUCCUUCAAGAAAAGACAGAUCGCAAACGAAACUAUCGUCUACACCGACGUUUCUUACUACCAUGACUGGAUACUUAGGAACGCAAGGGAGUUGUAUUGCCAAAAUAAGAAAACGGGAAUAAAGCUGAUGAAGAAAUAUAAGAAUGAGACGGAAAAGAAAUGGGAAAAGAAGAAACUGCUUAUAGAGAAAUUGGGACGAAAGCUGGAGGAAAACUUGAAUUUUAAUUGUAUGUGAAGUAAAUAACGA